AUGGUCCCAAAUGAGAGUCAUCAGCAUAAGGGUAUUAUCCAGUUGCUUCUACACUGCAGAUGGACAUGGGUUGGGCUCCUUGCUAUGGAUGAUGACACAGGGGAACAUUUCUUGGACACCCUGGAAGAGGCGCUGCAUGAAAAUGGAAUCUGUUCUGCUUUCAGAAGAACACUUCCUAAACAAGGUCUCUUUCUUCCUCUGGAGGAACUUGGAGAUAUGGCAUCAAUUAUCUCCAAAUCCUUCAUGGAUAGACAAGCUAGAGUAUGCAUUAUUUAUGGUGAAAGCAUGACACUUCUGUGGCUGAGCUCUUUAGUGCCUCUAGCAGAUCUGGAAUACAAGGCAAACAUAUCUCUUGGAAAGGUAUGGAUUACCACUUUCCAGAUUGAUUUCACAGUGACAGGCUACAUUACACGUAAGUAUUUUAAAAUGUUCCAAGGGACUAUUUCCUUCUCUAUUCACUCCAAUAAGCAUCUAGGGUUCCAAGCAUAUCUUCAGAACAUAAAGCCUUUUAACACAGAAGGAGGUGGUUUCCUCAAAAAAUUCUGGGAGCAAGCCUUUGAGUGCUCACUUACAAAGUUGCAAGAACCAGAUGAGAUUGCUGGAAUAUGCAACGGUGAUGAGAAGUUAGAGGAUCUUCCUAGCCCCGUGUUUGAGAUGAGCAUGACUGGUCACAGUUACGGUGUGUACAAUGCAGUCUAUUCCAUAGCCCAUGCUCUACAUGCUGUGUUAUCAUCCAGAUCUACAUACAGAAAAAUAGUGCAAAGCCAAAGUCUUCAAGAUCUCCAGCCUUGGCAGGUCCACCCAGUUCUUCAACACAUUGUCUUUAACAACUCUGCUGGAGAAACAGUGUCCUUUAAUGAAAAUAAAGAACUGGUUGCUGGAUUUGAUAUUACCAAUCUGGUCAUAUUCUCCAACAACUCCUUUAUUAGAGUGAAGGUUGGAGAACUGAAUCCUCAUGCCCUUGAAGAGCAAAAAAUCACCAUCCAUGAAAAUAAAAUUAUCUGGCCAAAGUAUUAUAAUCAGAUGAUCCCUCUGUCUGUGUGUACAGAUUCCUGUGACCCAGGUUAUCAUAAGAAAAAGGAGGAUGGGAAGAAAUUCUGCUGCUAUGGCUGUGAUCAGUGCCCUGAAGGAAUGAUUUCAAGGUGGAAAGACAUGGGCAAUUGUUUCCAUUGUCCAGAAGAUCAGUAUGCAAGCAGGAGUAGAGACAAAUGUUUCCCUAAAGUAAUAACCUUCCUUUCCUACAAAGAGCCUUUAGGGAUUAUUCUCUCCUCAGGAGCCUUUUCCUUUUCUUUCACCACGGUCUUGGUGCUUGGACUAUUUAUUACACACCACAAUACUCCCAUUGUCAAAGCCAACAACCAGGAUCUCACCUACAUUCUCCUCUUCUCUCUCUUCCUCUGCUUCCUUUCUUCUUUGCUAUUCCUUGGAGAACCUAAGAAGGUGACCUGCUUUCUCCGCCAAUCUGCUUUUGGCAUCAUCUUCUCAGUAGCUAUUUCUUGUGUGUUGGCCAAAACCAUCAUGGUGGUUGUAGCUUUCAUGGCUACCAAACCAGGGUCCAACAUGAGAAGGUGGCUUGGGAGAAGACUUUCUAGCUUCACCAUUCUUUUAAGCUGCCUUAUCCAAGCAGGCAUUUGUGUUGUGUGGAUGGCAACUUCUCCCCCAUAUCCAGAUUUGGAUAUGCAGUCACUACCCAAAGAGAUCAUAGCAAACUGUAAGGAAGGUUCUAUCACCAUGUUUUCUUUUGUCCUGGGCUACAUGGGACUUCUGUCGAUCAUCAGCUUCACUGUGGCUUUCCUCGCCAGAAAGUUGCCAGACACUUUCAAUGAAGCCAAGUUUAUUACCUUUAGCAUGUUGAUGUUUUGCAGUGUUUGGUUGACUUUUGUUCCAACCUAUCUGAGCACUAAGGGAAAAUAUAUGGUAGCUGUGGAGAUCUUCUCUAUCCUAGUCUCCAGUGCUGGGCUACUUGGCUGCAUCUUUUUCCCAAAAUGCUACAUAAUUAUACUACGUCCUGAGUUGAACACCAAGGAACAGCUGAUAAAGAGGAAGAAGUUCUGA